AUGAUAACAAGGAGGCUUCACAUCUAUAACCUCGAGGGAUGUCUGCUGAAAGAACCCACGUUCAAUCCCGAUAUAUGGUACAAGGACUGUACCAAAAACAUAGAGAGCUUAUGGGGCAACAGUCCAGUGUUGUUGAACUGGAUUUUUUCAGAACAGGAUCCGGAAUUUUAUCUCAACAAUGACUUGGUUCGACUGAUUCGAUUGGAUGAAAUGGACGAGGAAACAAGGACUGUGGUAAUCUCUGAUAAACCCUACCUGGAGUGUAUUGGGCCUAUCAAGUCCAUGCUGGACUCGGUGGAAAUCAAGUGCGAUUUGGUUCUAACAAGUAGCAGCUUGGGAAAUUCAAUGCAGAGAAAAUGGGAAUAUACCAAGAAGGUGAUACAAACGAAUCUGCAAUAUUUGGAGGAGGUAUUGUUCUAUGGCCCUUACGAAGAAGAAACUGAGAUGUUCAUCUCCAGCUUCCACCAACUAGGCGUUGAACUAGGAUUUCAGACUCAUUACAUAGAGACUCCGAAGCUGGCCAUAUAUCUCCAUCCAGACUCUGAACUGGACGUGGUGUCGCAGAUUUUGGCCCAGACCUCUGCCACUUUCGGCAAGAAGGGACCCACUUUGAAAAACUUGAUUGGAGGCUCCAUCAGCUAUGAGCUGUCGACAGAAUCACAGAAAAUACUAAUUGAGUACUUCAGAAAAACUCUGAACCUUUCUUCGGACUGGAUAUUCGACUGCAAGGCAAUUCCGAUAACCAGUCCCUUUAAAGCAGUUCCCAAGGCUAUUCUCGAGCAACUAGGGUUGAACGAGCAUGUGACCAUGGUACCAGCGUCAUACGGAAUUUCCCCAAACGAUGACACGAUAAUGGUGAAAAUGAUCAGCAACAGAGAAUUUACCCAGUGUUUCUACGGAGAUUUGGGACUACGCAUAGCCUACAAGAAGGAUACCCCCGAUCUGCAGUCCAAUCUCUCGCGGAUAAAGUCGUGGAAUCUAGUGGAUGAUUAUUUCGAGGUUCAGACCGUUGUUAAACACAGAAAAUUAUAUAGAAUCGUGGGAAAAAUACCACAAACUCGCGAAAAUAUCCCAAUUCCGGGGGAGGUUACCGAGGGUAUUGAUAGUGAGAAAAUCAGAUUAUCUGAAAAAGGCAUCUGA